GUCGAAUGGUCAUUGCUGCCCACCAGUAGGUGUCAGUCACGCUCCGGUUAGCUGUCUAGUACACCUGUAAACCAACGAAGAAGAAAUGUGUCCGUCCCACUAGACCUCUGCAAGGUGUUUGAACCACCGCUGUCGAGGCAAGACAUCCCUGCCUAGCACUGGAUAAACUUCUCCCAUCUUUAGCAGCCCCUUUUCUCAACCAUGGCGACGAGUGCGAAGCGAAAACAAGAGGAGACGCAUCUUAARAUGCUUCGGGAAAUGACUAGCCAGCCCCCGAAUAGGAAGUGCUUUGAUUGCGACCAGCGCGGCCCGACUUAUGCCAACAUGACAGUGGGUUCCUUCGUCUGUACCACCUGUUCUGGCAUCCUAAGAGGCCUGAAUCCCCCCCACAGAGUGAAGUCCAUCUCUAUGACCACCUUCACACUACAGGAAAUUGAAUUCUUACAGAAACACACCAACGAGGUUUGUAAAUACAUCUGGUUGGGGCUGUACGAUGACAAGACAUUAGUUGUUCCAGACUUCCGCGAACCACAGAAAGUAAAAGAAUUCCUCCAGGAAAAAUAUGAGAAGAAAAGAUGGUACGUCCCUCCAGACCAGGCGAGGACAGUAGCCAUGGCCCAGGCCUCCAAGUCGGCCUCCUCAGCCAGCACCCCGGAGGUCCAGCCCCUGAAAACCCUGCAGCUCAACAAGACCCCCCCAACACGUCAGUCCCCGAUGGUGGUUCGCUCCCUGGCCCAUCCCAUAGUUCAGGAGAAGAAGAUUGACCUCCUUACGGACCUGGGUGGAGACAUCUUUGCCGCUCUGCCCUCUCAGGCUGCCAGCAACGCCAAUUUUGCCAACUUUGCGAAUUUCCCCAGCCAAUCAGUGACUCAGGUUAACUCAAACGCCGACUUUGCCAACUUUGAGGGGUUUGGCAACUCUGGAGUACCUUCACAUUUCAGGACCUCAUCCCCCUCUCAGUCAUUUGCGUCAGGGCGAGGUGUCCCAGUGCCGUCAGUGGCUGGUGCUGUACCGGCCCAAUCCCAGCUGGGCACGUCGGCAGAGGACCGCUACGCUGCUCUGGCUGAGCUGGACAACGAGUUGAGCUCCUCUGCCCCCACAGGGAGUAGUGUCCAGGGUGAAUCUAGGAAUAUGUUUGGAGCUGUGUUGGGAACCUCGCCUGCCCAGACUCAGCCAGUCUUGCCCAACAUACAUGUGCAGCAAGGCUUUGGAGCCGUCUCGUCCAAUAACCCAUUUGUUGCUGCUGCCCCGGAUAUGGCCACCAACCCCUUCCAGACCAAUGGUAUAGCACCGGCCGCAGCCUCGUUUGGCACAGGCUCUAUGAGUAUGCCUGCUGGCUUUGGGAAUGCCUCCUCUUACUGCCUCCCAACCAGUUUUAGUGGGACCUUCCAGCAGCCCUUCCCUGGCCAGGUCCCCUGCCCUUACCCCCAGCCGGGGGCCUACCAACCCCAACAACCCAAUUGUCCUGGUGGAUAUACAGUCUAUGGACAGACCAAGCCCUCCAUGACCCCCUUUGGGCAGCCCAUGGCUGGUCCUGGGAUGACCAAUAACCCAUUUAUGGGGAGUAUUUAAUAGUGUGUAUGUUUCCAGAUCAUGUCGAAGAAUGUUUUGUGGUCUUUGAUUUGUAAUACAAGUGUGAAACACUUUGUGCCUGACUUUGACCAACAAAAUGCAAGUCCGAACACAUACAAUUUACUUACACACAUUCAACUUCUGCAUGGGUCCAAUUUAAAAACGCAUCUAUGCGCCCUCUCUCUCUCUGCUAACUUCAUGGAUGAAUGUUUGGAAGUCAUGCUGAUGGUCAUGUAUUUUACAAUAUUGAUUAACCCUUUGUCUCCAACCAGGCGGGAGCCCCGGCAGGAUCCUACCCCUCUGGAAGCUCCAACACCAACCCCUUCCUGUAGCGCGCCUCCCUCCCCGUCGUCACCACCAGAGGGCAGCAUGCAGCACCUAUUCAAUGUACCGGCUCAGUCACAGCUUGUGAUGUGACAGUACAUUUCUGAAACUCUGAAUUCAAGAUUUUCUUAACUAUGUUUACGACACUAUGAAGGACUAUGGGAUCGGGGACUGCCCUGGAACUAUGCCCUGGGACUUAUACGUUCUUUAUACAUAUAUUUUGUAGUUUAUUAUGUUUGACAGUUAUUGUGCAUGUCGGCAUUUGUAAUCACGUUUAAAAUACAUGUUAUGUAUAAUUAGGACUUGACGUGAGCGGACGACAUUGUGCUGACGCCACUACAAUGUUUCUACCAGUGGGUUUAUAUGAUAACUAACAUGGUUGUAUACAACAAGUCUAGGAGGGAACUGAGGUGACAAAGAUUUUCUCAUCGGGAAACGAUGACGAUUAGAUGUUGGUGAAGAAUCAGGCUGGUGAACGAGGUAGCACCGAUGGUCAUAUUCACUAUCAUUUAAUGAAUUCUGUGUUAAAGAAACAAUCUAUUGUGUAGUGGUUUCAAUUGGCAUGACGCCUCUGCCUGCAGUUAUGGUGUUCGGGAAAGGGAYUUUUAUUUGGUGCAUGAUUAAUACCACUAUUACUUGGGGUGCAACCUGGGGUGCGUUCAGCAGAGUACAAGAUUGUGGAGCAGGACCCCCCCAAAAAUCCUAGAUUUGACCUAAACAAAGAAAUUAAGAAAGUUAAAGCUCAUUUACUGCAUUUAUACAAUUUAUAAACUCUAAAAUGCUAUUUGAAGAACAGCAAAAACAAGCUUAAAUGACCCCUGCCAUUAUCACAGUGGUUGCUGUAGCUUCAUUCACCUCAGUCGGCCUACAAACAYAGCCUAUUAGCUAUACGAUUAGCCGCUACACAUUAACUCACAUUAACUCAGCACCGGGAUUACAAACUAGAAAUUAAUACGUACAGAGGGAUCUGUUAACAGAAAAAGGGUUUUUAGUAACAAAAGAUAAACAAGAAAAAUUUUGCUUUACAUACAUUUUCUUGUUGCAGUUUUAAAGCUAAUUUCCUGCAAUUGUACACAUUUUGCCAUGACUCAUGCCAUGUUAAUAGGACACGUGCCCAGUUGGUAAUUCAACCAUGAUUACUACAAGUUUAGAUAGCUGGCUAGACUAACGAGACCCAUUUACCAAUCCCCCCAAAAAUGUGUGAGUGACAUGAGGACAACUGCUGAUGCACAACCAAGUUUUUAAAUUGCACCUUGUGUAUUUUACUAUUCUACCUAGCAACAGUAAGUGGAGACCCCGAGUCGGUUCGUACAUUUUUUUUUUUUAAAUAAAUGUUUUAUUUUUUUAAUUGUAAAGAAUGACCGAGGUCCGGACCAUUAUACCUCAGUGUCCGGACCUCGGUGUCUUCAUAUGUAGCUACGGCCCUGCGCAGGUGUGUAAAAACACAUGACAAGUUUGUAUUUAUUUGGAGAGAUGGUUAACUUGUCACCCCAAUCACUUUUAAUUAAUGGAAUUGUGUUACUCGCGUUACAGUAAUACGUAAGUCAAUGUGUACAUAUAUAAAUAUGUAUAAAUAUAUUAAAGAUUUUUAACUGCA